AUAGGUAGAUAGCUUGAUAAAUUGUGAUGCGGUGGGGGUAUUGUGAAAUUUAAGCCUACCUGAAUAUAAUUUUAUCCUAUAUUAUUUUAUCACACUACUUAGAAUUUAUUUAUUAUUUUAUUUUUUAUAUUUAUUAUAUCAAUGAGUUACGAUUUUGUGUAUUAACUGCGUUUUAAGAUACUGCCCCGCGCAGGUUUUGAGGUAAUAAUGCUGAAUUCAAUAUGAAGGAGAUGGUAGGAGGAUGCUGUGUUUGUUCUGAUGAGCGUGGUUGGCCUGACAACCCGCUGGUAUAUUGUGACGGAAAUGGGUGUAAUGUUGCUGUCCAUCAAGCCUGCUAUGGAAUAAUCGCAGUUCCCACAGGACCAUGGUUCUGCAGAAAGUGUGAGUGCCCAGAAUAUAAAGGCAAAGUUCGCUGUGAAUUGUGCCCUUCAAAGUCUGGUGCUCUGAAACGCUCAGAUACUGGCGGAUGGGCCCAUGUGGUGUGUGCUCUUUAUAUCCCCGAAGUUAGAUUUGGAAAUGUCACGUCUAUGGAGCCAAUUGUGCUGAGACUUAUCCCCUCAGAGCGCUUUAAUAAGACGUGCUAUAUCUGUCAAGAUCAAGGCAAAACAAAUCGCGCUAAUGCUGGAGCGUGUAUGCAGUGCAACAAAUCUGGUUGUAGACAGCAGUUUCACGUGACAUGUGCCCAAGCUCUUGGCUUAUUGUGUGAAGAGGCUGGCAAUUAUUUGGAUAACGUGAAAUACUGUGGUUAUUGCCAGCAUCAUUACAGUAAAUUGAAAAAGGGCGGUAAUGUGAAGACGAUACCGCCAUACAAGCCUGUAUCAGUCGACAGUCAGUCGAGUGACUCCAGCGGAGAGAAGGAAAGUGAACCGUCUAUGGCCACCGGAAGCGGUACAUCGACUAACGCAAAGUCUAAAGGGCCUGGACGUAAGUCAUCACAUACUUCCUCGGCGCCAGGAAAAGCACCAGCAUCUUCAAAGGCAACGGGAAAUACUCCCCAAACCCAAGAUCAAGAGGUGCUCGAGCCAGCGAGCAAAAAACAUAAGGCCACGGACAAAUAUAAGAAGAAAUCGUCACCGAUUCGGCGCGGAUCAGCGGCCGGUGACGGGAGCGGCAGCAAGAACAACACUCCAGCUCCUUCGCCCCAGCACUCUGCUGACACUCCAGGGCAAAAAGGAGAAGCCACGAAGAAUAAAGCGAGUACCCCCGCACCGUCACCGCAAAGCACGCCGGAUCCAGGGCAAGACCAAAGCAAAGGUUCAGGUCGCGCUACUCCAAGCGGUACGAAGGUGACGAUUCCGUUGGCUUCACCGAGCGCAGCGCCUAUGGAAGCCGUGGGAGUGAUCAGUUCAGUUGCUGCAGCAACCGCUGUUACUGUGACGACUAUAACACCGCCGCCGGCAAGCACUGCGACAACGUCUGUGGUUCAGGUCGCGACGCCCAAGCCUGCGUUCCAAGAGUCUGUUAUCACAAACACAGAUGCCAUGGAAACAAAGCAGACGAAGAAACGGAAGGCCAUGACGGCCGUCAAUACGGCAAACGCCGAGCUCGCCGCACAAGCACUGGCACAAGCUCAAGCACACAAUCCUUUGCCGCCACCUACGGAUCAUAAUCCGCCGCUGAGCCCUUGGGAAAGCCGAUCCACCGCGACAAGCGAUGCACAGGCCGAAAUGGAAAAAGUUAUAAAAAAGGCUAAGAUGGAUGGUCCCGAUACAAUACAGGCUCCCAUGCACUUCGCGAGUAUCAGCCAGCAGUCUGCGCCUCCGGCACACUCUGGUCCAAGUGUUUCUCAACCGAGCCCCAGGCACCUCCAUCCAAACCCGAUGCCUGGCCCUAGUGGGAUGAACCAACUCUCCAACAUACGCUCACCGUCGCAUAUGCAAAUGCCCGGGCCGUCCGACCUGUCUGGAACAUCCACAUUAAUGUUUCACCAUGCGCAGAAGCAGGCCGCGAUGGAGCAAAGUGUUCCCGGUCACAUGGCAGGGAGAGGUACGUGGGGCGGUCUUAACGUCGCCUACGAACUCCAAGAUCCUGGAAAACCUGGUGUGAGCGGAAUGAGUAUGCAGAGUAAGGAACCGCACGGGUCCAACAUGGGACCGAUGGCGCCCGCCGCGCUACGGAAUAAGAAGAGAGCCAUUGCGGCGCAUACCGCCACCUCCGUAGUGGCGAUGACGAACGCGCCCCCGCAACACAACAUACAAACGGCUCCCCAGAACUUGGCUAGUAUACGCCGGGCACCUCAACCGACGCCGCCUCCGAUGUAUCACGAGACUUCUUUCAAGGAAUCGCCUCCGAGCUCACCAAAGUUUUUCUCAGGUUCCGAGCGUCACUUGAAGUCCAAGUACGAUUCAAAUUGCGUCGCGCCGCACAUGCUCGGUAACGAGUUGAACCCAGAGAGCGGAGCUGCAGCGCGUCUCCAAGAGCAGCUGACUGCGGAACUGGCGGCGCAUGCGACCGGCUCGUGCGGCUCCGACCCGCUGAUACCGCCGCCUCUCAUCAACAAGGCAGCCAGCGUCGGAGGUCCAGGCAGCGGUCGUAGCGGUGUUUCUAGCGCUCAAAGCCUCGACCAGCUGCUCGAGAGGCAAUGGGAACAGGGCUCACAGUUCCUUAUGGAGCAGGCUCAGCAUUUUGACAUUGCCUCGUUACUUUCGUGUCUGCAUCAGCUCCGGACCGAGAACGUGCGCCUUGAAGAACACGUCGGUAACUUGCUGCAACGACGAGACCAUUUGCUGGCGGUCAACGCAAGACUUGCCAUACCGCUCACGGCUGUUCCGAGCGGGCCCCCAGAGCCGGCCCGGUGUCCUCGGGAGGCUACCGCUCAGGUGAGACCUCCGCCCCCAGUUCGCGCUCCUGAAAACCUCGCAGACCGACCACACCAGCUGAUAAUGCGGGAGGUACAGCCGAAGCCGCCCAGCUGAAAUGAGCAGGGCGGCGGUGUAACCGGUCUCCAAGCCGACCCGUUGCGUACCGUCCAAGCAUACAUAAACAUGGAGCAAGAGCAACAACUGCUCGAACAACAACAGCUCCAACAACAACAGUUCCAACAACAACAGCAGUUACAACUACAACAACAGUUUCAACAACAACAGUUCCAACAACAACAGUUCCAUCAACAACAGUUCCAACAGCAACAGUUCCAACAACAACAUUUCCAACAACAACAUUUCCAACAACAACAUUUCCAACAACAACAGUUCCAACAACAACAACAACAACAGCAGCAGCAACAGCAGCACCAACAGCACCAGCGCCGUAGACCCGACUUCUCCAUCGACUCUAUACUCAAGUACGACUAGACUCUAUAACUGUCCCAGUUCAACUCCCACUGUACCUUCGUACCCUUAUACUUAGUCGCGUGUGUACGUAACCGAUCCAUUGGACUUGAAGAGUGAUCGCGUUUUCUCUGGCGUCAGUGGGCUUGCGAAAGCAGCAGACUCCUUUAAUUAGAAUUAAUUAGUGCACAAGUGGACAUUCUUCGUAACGUGUAAGUUAGGGAUGAUGACUUUUGGACCCUUUACAUAAUUUACCGUCGAAAAGUGUGCGUACUCUUGAAUUUUUUGACGAGUGUUAUCAACAUACACUGUGAGACAUUAUUGUGUAUCGUUAAAUUGUAUCGUAACUUAAAGGUUUCAUGUUAAGCAUAUUUGUCUUUUUAUAUAGUAAUCUACAGUUAAUGUGUGUUGUCGUGGCUUGUCCUGUAAUAAGUGUUAGUUCCUAAGUGUAAAGCCUUGAAACGGUAACAGUACAUUUUAUAUGCAAUAGAUCUUUCAAAACGUUUAACCUGUACGAAAUAUGUAAUGAAAUUAAUUAUUUUACAAUGUAUAAUAAGUUGGUUUUUAUUAUCUAAUAUUUCGACGGUAUUCGUUGUUAUUUUAUGUAUCGAAAUAGUCCCUGUACGUUACAUUUAAAAUAAAGUCUGAAAAACAAUGAUCACACAAAUACAUUGAUCACUUUCAUAUUCGUGUGUUACGCCCAAUGCCUCUGUGCAAUAUUAUACUUUAGAUAUGUCACAUAGGUACUCACAGAACAAAUCACAUAUCAGUUUAAUAACAUAACUUAAAAAAAUCAUAAAUAUUAAAAGUAAUCUGUAGUAAACUUUUUUUUCAUAAUAAAUAGAUGGCCAUCUAUGUUGACUUAACUGCUUCAUUUCAUCUGAUAUGUCACUACACAGUGCUUUGACGCAAUUACGUAUGGCCACUGCGGACAACAUAUUAAUUUGCCCUGGGCGAUGCACACUAAUGAAACAGGGACGGCACCCCUUUUAAAUAUAACAUAUUGCUUGGCUUUGCUAUCAUUUACUGGGCACAUCCCCGUGUGUGUUACUUUCGGUAGGCGCCGUGCUUGAGUUAAUUAUUUCGAUUUUCGUUUGUUCUUUGUGUCACAACGAGUUCGUCUAUUUUCAACGCUCGACCAGCAGGGCGUCACACGGCGUUCGUUCGUUCGCUUUUAAUUCGAAAAGAAAACGAUUGGACGCAGUGAAUGCAAUUGGACUUCCUCUCAACUUACAGUUCAAGCCAGUGUUUUCUUAUUUGUUUACAAUUGCAGAUUGAAUAUGUGCUAUAUAGAAGCAUAUUCAGAAAUUGUAUUUAGCUUUAUAUGUUGUUUGGUGUAUUGACGAUGUGUGUACGGCUAUGUAUUUGUGCCACUGUGUUUUAAGAGCAUUGUUAUACAAUUGCGGCUCCCACAAAGCUGUGGCGGUCGGUCUCAUACUACGAUAUUUUGAUCGACAUUGUCGAGUGUUCCGAGUGGCGAGUGCGGGCGAUCUUAAUUUGAUUAUUGUAGCUCGCAAUAUGCAAAGGGUUAAUUAGGCCCGCACUCGAGAAUGUUGGACGAAUUAAUCAUUUUGCCUCGCAGCAAAUUGAUUCAUAAUUAAGCCUAGUAGCUAUAAGUGAAAUAUUUUAACCAAUAUAUAAGUGCCCAUCAUAUUAGGGCUUAAUUGCUUUCGAACGCAUGCUUUGUAUUGUAUAUUAUAUCUUGAAGACUGAUUGGAAAUUUCGCAGGGUCUGACUGAAUUGUGCGGGUCCCCUUAUUCAUAACGUAUGAAGACGUCAUUACUACAACUGUAAACGAAGGAAUUAAUUCCCGAUAAUAUUAAAUAUUUAUUUACGAGAUGUAGGUACAGCGUGAUAUUAUGAGUUUUCUAUAAGCCUCCAAUAUUAUUGGAGGAUAGUCCUCAUGUAACUAACAAUAAAAGCUUAAAUUUUGUUGAUUGUAGUAUCAAUCUGUUGACGUAUAUUAUGUUAUGAAUAUAUUGGGGUAAGAAUGUCGUUGUAGUUGAUACUGCAAGGGUUGAGUAAGCUGGUAUGGGUGUGAGUUCUCUCGUUUUAAAUAAAAGUUAGUUAGUGUAAAUAUAUUGUAGUCGAGGACCAAAAAAUUAGUCUGUUAAUAUUUUUAAUCGGCAAACGUGAAAGAAAAAUUGGUAGUGCCACGGUUUUAGACCUGUGUAAAGUGCAAGAACUAUAUUGUGCAGAUAAUUCGACUUAGUAAUUGAAUGUUACGUGUAGCGGAGUUCUACAAUAUGUCUCGGAAAAUAUUUACAACAUUAUGAAUACUUUUCCAUCGUAAAGAUAGUGGGGAAAAAAAUGUUUUUCAAUUGGAUGUUCAUGUGUUAGGCGUAAUCUAUUUUAAACAUUUGUAUUUAUUCGAUUUGUCGACGUUUAAUGUUUGUUAUUGUGUACCAAAUUUAACGCUAACCAAGAUAUAUUAUUGUAUAACGCUUUUCUGUUUCGAUGUGAAUCCUCGUUUAGCGCGUUAAGAUAAUUUUAACUAAUUAACAUUGAAUUUAAUUUGUGACUCUUUUUAUCUUAUAAAAACCAAUGCAUAAAUAUUAAUAACUGUUUCAACUGAAAUGUUUAACGUUUGUGCUUUGUGUUUUAUGACGUUGGUAGGUUGCGUAAAAUAGGUUACAGAUUAUAUCUUAUUGAUCGUACGAGGUGUACUUACACUUCAGUUUUUUUUUUUAUCUUUAAAGUAUUUAAGAUAAAUGUUAGCGUAACAAUAUAUAUUAAUCGUCGAACACAUAGCCAAUAGGAGUCUGAUGAGUGUCAGCUGUCACGCGCACUGAAUAUAGUACCAGACAUUCACCGGAGUAUAUGUUAGAGUUUAGAUCUUAUUGUGUUACCGGUCACAGAAUACUCGCGAUUCGCUAACAAGGCGCGAGACAACGCCGAACGCCUGGGGAGAACCCUAAUUGACACAUAGUGCUCUAUACGACACCUACGAGGAAAUUAAAAGACGCAAAGUCAAUAAAUUGGACGCAGACAGCUAUUGAAAAGUCUCUUGGUAACAGCCUUUUAAAAAGAUUUAGCACCUCACGUGGCUUGUAGACUAUAACCUCAGGUAUUACCUACGUAUUGGCUGUCAGCUUAACCUCGUCACUAAUGGAACUUCAUUCUUAUGUGAAGUUCCAUUAGUUAUCCGCUCACAUUUUUGUACCAAAUAAAUGUCGCACUUUCGGCGUAAUUUUGAUACCAGUAACAUCUAUCUGAGGUGUAAUGACAAGAUAGAAUCCGAGAAUGUCUCGUACGCACAAUCUUUAGUAGGAAUCGCAACUAACUAUUUUUUUAAGCCCGCUGAGUUUCUUGCGCCCGUUCUUCUCAGGUCAGAGGCAGUCUAUUUUGAAUGGGUGGUAGUUUUUCACAUUCAAUAAGUGAUUAUGAAUCCUAUUUUGAAUAACAAUAUUUGAUUUUGAUUUUCAAAUAUAAUCAAUGCAUCUUAUGCAUUUCGCGUCUAUGGGCUAUGUAUUCGAUAGUAUUGAUAUAACGUAUUCCAUGUUUCAGCUAGUUUUAACAAAUGCAGCGUAAGAGAUCGCAUUUAAAAUUGAACGUUACAUUUGCAAUCGUAAUAUUAUACAUGUUUAUAUACAUUGAUUGGUGUUCGAUGUGUAGCAAUCUGUGUUAAACUCAUUUGUGUCUAUAUACUAUGUAUGUGCUACCAAAGAUAAUGUUUUAUUAAAAACCGGCCUUAAAUCGGUAUAUUUUUUUUUUCACACUUUUAAGUUCUGGUUUUCUAGUAUUCUUAAGACAAACAGACCGGAACAAUACAGAUCGGAAGAUGAAUCAAAUGACAUUGAUUUUUUUUUAUUUAAAUGUUGAUUUGAUUAUUUUGGUAUAUUUGGUGUAUUAUAUGUAUGUAAUUGGUAUAUUUGAAUAUUUAUUACGAAUUUUGCAAACUACUUUGGCAAUUGGCAAUGUUUGUGACCAAACCAUGAUAAUUAUUUAUCUUAUUUGCACUGAAUUAUCUUAUCUCGUCUAGAUAUUUUCGACAAAAAGUCACAAUACUAUAUGUUUGGUUUCAUAUAAUAUUAUGGAGAGCUUUUCAGCAAAUAAAUUAAAUUGUUGAGUAGUUUUGCUUUUAUCAUGGUUGUUAAAAAUUAAUUUUGACUUGAAACUCGAUCUCACAGAAACAGCUUUUAUUCAUUUAUGUAAGUUCUUCUUAAAUAAAGUUAUAAAAUUUAUAAGAUCAUUUGUUUUAAUAACAUUGUCUUUUUUAUCUUUAACGUAACAUUAUAUUACUAAAUAAAGUUAUUAUUAAUGUCGUAA